AUGGCCUCCAAGUUCGAGCUCAAGACCACCCAUUCCAAAGAUGGCACCAAGAUCGCGUACUACCAAAUCGGCACUGGUCCAGGCGUUAUAAUUCUCCAUGGCGGCAUGCAGCAUGCCCUCAGCCACGCCGAUCUCGCGACGUCUCUCGCCAGCCAUUUCACCUGCUACUUGCCCGACCGUCGCGGACGUGGGCAGUCUGGCGCCCCGGGCAAACACUGCACCUAUACACCACAGAAGGAAGUUGACGACGUCGAGGCAAUCCACGCCGCGAGUGGCGCAAAGUUCAUCUUUGGCGUCAGCUCCGGCGCGCUGCUCACUUUGAAGGCCGCGCUAGCGGCUCCGCCGUCACAUAUAGCCAGGAUCGCUGUCUUUGAACCGCCAUGGUGGCCUGAGUCAGAGCGAGAGGCUCAGAUGGCCUGGAUCGCAAGGUAUGAAGCCGAGGUCGAGCGCGGCGAGCUUGCUAGCGCGGCUGUGACAGCCAUGCUGGGGGCGCAGAUGGGUCCGUCGAUAUUGCAGUCAGAGUACUUCCCGCGAAUCGCCUUGGUAGUGUCGACGAAAUUGAUGAUGAGAUUCGAACGACCUGUCGGUCUGCCGGAUGACAACCAGGGAAGAAACACAGCUGUGGCCCAGCAGGAAUUGUUGUUCAAGGACCUGGUUCCGACGUUCCGUAACGAUAUCAAAAUUGCGUUGGAUAUGCUGGGAGAGCAGAGUCUACAGGCCCUGUCGGCGGUUCAGACGGAGACUCUGAUCCUUGGCGGGACCAGAAGUCCAGCAUAUCUGCAGCGGUCGGUGCGCGAGAUUGACAAGAUCCUGCCCCAGUCGAAGUGCGUUGAGCUUCCAGGCAUCGACCAUGGCGGCACUUUCAACAAGCGACAGGGCGGGAGUCCGGAGGUGUUUGCACAGGAACUGCGCCGCUUCUUUUCCAAGGGCAAUGAUAUGCAGAUGCCGGAAGGUGAUUGA